GUGCUGGAUCGGCUAUUAUGGGGCUCCCCCCUGCGCCGACUCGUUUUUAUUCCUGCACACGAACCGCCUGGUGAAAGUCAAAGACGGCCAUACCUGGAAGGAGACCGAUUUGCUCUCAGCCUGGAAUGCCCAUCCCAUUCCCAAGUGGCCGCCACGGAUGCCGCCCUGCGGUCCGGUCAAUCCGGAAGCUGGCGAUCCGACCAACAUCGGAGAUGCUUGGGUCCCAGUGCACAUCCACGUGAACCCGGGCUUGGUGGGGCAGUGGGCACGGCAAUGUACCCGUGAAUACCGGCCGUACCCUGGAGAGAUCUUGUGCAAGAAGUAUAAGAUCGAACACGCGGUGGGCGCCGGACACUUCACACGCGCCUAUCUGGCCACCGACAUCGAGAGCAACACCAAGGUGUGUAUCAAGCGACACGGUGGUCUCACAGUGGAACUGAUGACCGACUUGUUGACCAUUAGCCGACGGAUCGAAUCGGUGGACCCCGAGUGCACCAUCUUUUCGAGGUUGAUUGAGGCCUUCUUCGACAUGGUCGGCUACACUGUGGAGACGCUGAUUGAAGGUCGAAACUGCAUGGAAAUUUGUCGAACGAAUCACCAACACUUCAAAGACAUGGCCAACCUCCGCACCGUGGCCAUUGGCUGCUUGCGUGGCCUGGACAAGCUGUGCCAGGCUGGGGUGGUGCACUGCGACAUGAAGGCGGACAACUUCAUGUGGACCAAAGGUCCAGAUGGCCACACGGUGGUGCGCAUCGUGGACUUCGGUUGUUCGCGCCUGGACAGUCGCCUGGAAAACGGCCGAAACUGGGCCUUUGCCGAAGGUGGUGCAGGACACAUCGGCAAAUGGGCUCCAGAGAUGAUGUUGCGGUUGCCCAUCACCGAUAAGGCAGACGUUUGGGGUCAUGCCGUCGCCCUGCUGGAGCUCUACUCGGGCCGUAACAUGUGGAACGAAGAGGAGGACACAGUCGAGUAUAUGCUGGCACAAGCCCUGGGUCUUGUCAACGAGAAGACGGGGUUGCCCGAGAAGCUGCUGCGGCGCAGUCCCCUGGACAUUCGACAACUCUACACGCCCUCGCCGGCCUACUUCCCAGUGCAGCGUUUGGGUGUGGCGCCCAACGUACGUUUCAAGGAGUUGCGACCGGCGACCUGGGGAUUGGCAUGUGUGCUUGGCGAUGAAACGAAGUGGGACAACACCAAGAAACAACUCUCAGCGUACGUCCUGAGAUCCAUGAAACUGGAUCCUGAGGAUCGCCCCCAUGCGGUCGACCUGAUGGACGAAGACUUUCUGAACCCGGAGCUGGGUGAGCCGGUCUCGGCCUGAUCUGCAGGUGAAAGUCAGGUCCAUCGGCAACGGGAUCCCGUCGUCCUGCCGUGUGCGCGACGUGUCACGAAUCUUUCGCCAAUGUAGUUGAGCGGCAUUGCACAUUUUGG